AUGGGGAAUCAACCUGAUGAGAAGUUCACUUGGGUGAUUAAGAAUUUCUCCUCUCUGCAAUCUAAGAGAAUAUAUUCUGAUAUAUUUGUGGUUGGGAGCUGCAGAUGGCGUCUUGUGGCAUAUCCCAAGGGAAAUGAUAUGGCUAAUCAUAUCUCUCUGUUUCUAGCCGUUUCAAAUUCUGAAAUUUUGCCUGUUGGAUGGAGAAUACACGCUAAAUAUUCAUUUACUAUAGUAAAUCAGCUAUCGGAUAAACUGUCCCGCCAUGAAGAAUCUCAACAAAAGUGGUAUGAUCAGAACGCUCUUGCCUGGGGGUAUCGAAAUAUUAUUACCCUUACCAAACUUAAUGACAAAGAAGGAUUUCUGGUGAAUGGAAAACUCAUAGUUGCUGUCAAAGUUGAAGUUCUUGAAGUUGUAGGUAAAUUUGAGGAAUCUUCACCAGUAAUGGAAACCAUAGAUGGGUUUCAAGUUCUUCCUUCACAGGUCAGAAAUAAAUUAUGA